AGCCAAGAUGGCCGACUUCGAGGAUCGGAUGUCAGAUGAGGAGAAAGUACGCAUAGCCCCUAAAUUUAUCACUCAUGCACCCCCUGGGGAGUUUAAUGAAGUAUUCAAUGAUGUUCGGCUACUGCUUAAUAAUGACAAUCUCCUCAGGGAAGGGGCAGCACAUACAUUUGCUCAGUAUAACAUGGAUCAGUUCACACCUAUGCAGAUAGAAGGCUAUGAUGACCAGGUCUUAAUUACAGAGCACGGCAACAUUGGUAACAGCAAAUUUUUAGAUCCAAGACACAAAAUUUCCUUUAAGUUUGAUCAUUUAUGGAAAGAAGCGAGUGACCCCCAGCCAGAAGAUGUGGACGGAGGCUUGAAGUCUUGGAGAGAAUCCUGUGACAGUGCUUUAAGAGCCUAUGUGAAAGAGCACUAUUCCAACGGCUUCUCUACUGUUUAUGCUAAAACUAUAGAUGGGCAACAGAUCAUUAUUGCAUGUAUUGAAAGCCACCAGUUUCAGCCCAAAAACUUCUGGAAUGGUCGUUGGAGGUCAGAGUGGAAGUUCACCAUCACACCACCUACAGCCCAGGUGGUUGGAGUACUCAAGAUUCAGGUUCAUUACUAUGAAGAUGGCAAUGUUCAGUUGGUCAGUCAUAAAGAUGUACAAAAUUCAGUCACUGUUUCUAAUGAAGUCCAAACUGCCAAGGAGUUUAUUAAAAUCAUAGAGAGUGCAGAAAAUGAGUAUCAGACAGCAAUUAGUGAAAACUAUCAGACAAUGUCAGACACCACGUUCAAGGCCUUGCGCCGGCAGCUUCCAGUUACCCGCACCAAAAUCGACUGGAACAAGAUACUCAGUUACAAGAUUGGCAAAGAAAUGCAGAAUGCUUAAAGGCCAACUGUAGGAGUCUCCAGUACAAAGAAAGAAAAGGAUUCAACAUGGUGUGGUCAUAUGAUCAAUAGGUGAUUUAUAAACAAACAAGAGUGAUAUUUUGCUAGUUAACAAAGUUAACAGAUCUUCUAGCCUCAUGGAAUACUGUUGAGCCUACAGCACUGUCUUGAUUCUUUUGUGUGUGCGUGUUCUCUGCCUUGUAAUUUUCUGUUGUCACUAUAUCUACUUGUAAAUUUUUUUUAAUUCUGCUACAUUUAAUGUCAAAGAAAUCUAUCCUGAAGUCAUUUUGCUGUUUAGAAAAUUUCCUAGUCAUGACGUCCUGUUGCUGGUUUUUACAGAGUAUUUGGUCAGUACUCUUUACCCCAUGCUUUAAAGCAAUUCCAGUGCUUCAGUGGCUUUUACUGAUCCACCAAUUGCUAAAGAGGCUAUGUUAUGAACUGUAACUAAGGGGACGACACACUCCUCUGUCUGACUGCUUUGAUUGUAUAUAGCAUCUCACAAUUAUAGUUUUCAUACAUUUGGAUUGGGGCAUUUUGGGUCCAUGUUGGGAGGCAAAGGAAGCUUCUUGAAUAUUCCAUGGCAGCAGCUUCUCUGGGAACUUGUUUUUAAAUCCAAAGACUUGAACCACAUCCCCUGCACAUGAACGUUUAUUUUCAUUCUCUCAUCUCCUCCCAUAUACUUCCAUUGUAGCCAUAGAUGUCUGCAGGAAGUGCAGCUUAGAAAAUACAUUGGGGAAAACCAGAAUUGUCAGUCAAUCACAUGGGCCUAUUUUCUUUAAUGGAAAGAAAUGCCUGAUCACCUGGAAUGCUGGAAUGACAGGAUCAAACUACCUGGGGAUCCUUUGCUAUUCUAUUAGCAACCUCCAACUGAAGCCCCACUCCACCCCUUCCCACACACAAUAUUCUGAGUAUUGUUUAGGCCCUAGUCCUGGGCUUUGUCUCUCAGUGAAUAGAACUUAUGUCUAUUACAUAUCCUUCCUUUCUAGGCCUCAGCCCUAAAUUCUGUUUGUCAGUCAAUAAACCUCAUUCUUAUUGUAAAGGACACAGGUGCUUUACUAUUUGGCAAGGGAAUUUUGAUGUAGCUAGCCCUGAAGCUUUGUUUUGAGAAUUGUCACGUGGAGACUUUUUUUCCCAAAGUUCUACUAUGUUCAAAUGUGUGAAAAAAUUAAAACACAGGAUCAGAUUGUCGAAGUCUUGAUCUUGUCUGACCAA